AUGAAUGAUUUAAUGACCAAGUCGUUUCUCGAUUACGUAGACCUCAAAAAACAAGCCAUUGAGAACAUCCAACCCGAACCAGACCUUGAGAUGGGGAAAUUAGACUCCACUGAUGAGCGAAACCUCUCCAAAUUCUUUGAAGAAGUGAAGGCUAUCAAGAUUGACAUGGAAGAGAUCACCAAUCUCCUUAUCGAUCUUCAGGACUUGAAAGAAGAGUCUUCAAGAUCCACCCACAGUGCAAAAUUUUUGAAAGGAAUUAGAGACAGAAUAAACUCAGAUAUGGUUACUAUUCUUCGAAAAGCCAAGAAGAUUAAGUCAAGAUUGGAAUCGCUUGACCAGUCUAAUGUUGCUAAUCGUAGAUUGUCGAAGGCUUAUAAAGAAGGUAGCUCUGUUGAUCGAACUCGGGUUUCAGUGACUAAUGGCUUGAGAGUCAAGUUAAGAGACAUGAUGCAUGAUUUUCAAGCGUUGAGAGAAAACAUUUUGAAAGAUCACAAAGAGGGUCUUAAAAGGAGGUACUAUAAUGCGACCGGUGAGCACCCAACCGAGGAAAUGAUAGAGAGGAUGAUUUUAAGAGGUGAGAAAGAGAGAGUUUUUGAAGGGAAAGCAGAAUUGGUGAUGGAGAAUCUAGAGAGGCAUGAGGCCUUGAAGAAGAUACAGAGGAGCUUGACUGAGUUGCAUCAAGUGUUUCUUGAUAUGGCUAUCUUGGUAGAGAUUCAAGGUGAUGAGAUUAAUGUUAUUGAAGAGAAUGUGGCUGGUGCUGCGAAUCAUAUCAGUGGUGGGACUAAUGGACUCUACUACGCUGACCAAAUGAAGAGAAGGGGAAGCCAUUGGGCUUGCUGCGGAUAA